AUGCAGUACAGGAUCAGCAGUGAGCGCGAGUGUUGGCUCAGUGGGCAGUGCACCGCGCGGUAUGCGGGUCACGGUAACGGUGUGCCUCACUCGCUGGCUCCCUGCGCACGCGCCGCCGUGCGCCUCAACUGGAGCGCGGAGUCGCGACCCACUGCCCACUGCAUGACUUAUUUUGUGAUCAUGUUAUGUAUGAGCUCGCGGCUGGCGCUGCCGGAGCCGACACAGUCCCCGACGGAGCCGGCGUCGGAGCCCCGCGAGCGGGACGACGCACUCGCCGACUCGGAGGAGCCGCCAGAGGGAUACUACGCGUUUGUUGAGUCACCAAAUGCCACACCGCCACGAGUGCGCCCUCCUCCGUACCGACAAGUGACGUCAUCGUGUCCCGAGGUAGAGUCGAACAAGCCGCACGUGUCGGCCAACAACCUGUGCGGGGACCUCAACCGCGGCCUCAUUCCCCGGAACCCCAUGGGGCAGAACCCCAACGGGGAGCCCUACCCCUUCGAGUUGAUCCGCAACGAGACGCUCCGCUUCCUGUCCCGCACGCUGCCCGUGCUGCGCGCCGACGACACGCUGCCCCGCGUCGCGCAUCUACCGCACGGCCCCGCGCCCGGCCCCGGACCCGGCCCCAGCCCCGGCCCCGCCGCCCCCAGCCCCGCGCCCGACGCCCACGCCGUGCCCGACCUGCAGCACAACCGGUUGGAGGAGCGCAGCAAGAGGUCGGCGGAGGAAGAGGUCCCGACACAGUCACUCCGCGCCGAGCACCGCGCGGCCGACGCGCGCGACUCGCGCAAGUUCUGCGACAACGGAGGCGUGUGA